AUGCUCGCAAAAGUCCUGAAUGAACUGUCGGACCAACUGACCUAUCCGCCCUCCAAGACAUUCAGUACCUCGAUGGAGACUGCGACUCUGCCUACUGAAAGGAAACAAGCCAACAGAAGCUCCAUAUAUAAAGGAGAGGAGAAAACUUCCUCAUCUAAUUUAAAACCGGUGAGUCUCACCAGCAUCUGUUGCAAACUGAUGGAGAAUAUAUUAAAAAGGAUGUAAUGUGGCAUCUUUGGGAAAACAACUUCCCUACUUCUCACAAGCAUAAAGUUAGAAGGAGUCGGCCCUGUCUUACUUACCUGUUUAUAUUCACGCAGAGCUGGACGAAAGUGAUUAAAAUGGGUGUAUCUGUAGAGACGGUGCGAUUGACUUCAGCAAGGCUUUUGAAAAGUCACCAAACAGACAACUUAGAUCAAAAUUACGUCGAAUGUGCAUGACUGGGAAUCCAACUAAAUAGCUGGCCGACUUUCUUACAGACAGAUCUCAGCGUGUUCCUAUUGGUAACGUUAAAUUGGAUUGGGCAACCGUUCACAGUGGCGUUGUGCAGGAGAGCGUUCUGGGUACAAUGCUGUUUCCAGUAUGCGUAAAAUACCGCCUCGACUGCUUAAACAGCGAGCGGGUUAUGCUUGUCGAUGAUCCCCAACUGUGGGUAUCAAUAGAGAAGCCGAAAGAUGCGCUACAGUUGCAAAAUAACUUGGGUCGCUUGUAAUACUAAUAAUAAUAAUAAUUGUAUUUAAUGCCACUUUACAGGCAUUGUCAAAGGAAGAUAAAGCGCGGAUCGGGCUAACAAUAAAAAACUCCUGAGUAACAAAUACAAGGAAUGGCGUUCUGUACCGUUUAGACGGUUGAGGAGAAAAAAAAACUGUGGCCCGUGAGAUUACUUCAGCCCAGAAAUGGAUGGGUAGCAGUGAUUCGGAUAUUUUCAGUCUCCAUUCCUUCCCAUUAAAUUUGGACUGGACCAAAUACAGGCAUUGAAAAACCCUUGCUCGCUGGCGGCUGAAGAACCUCUUCGAAGUAAGACCUGCCGGAUGGAUCAGAAACCACGAACUCCAUCACUACGUUAGGUUAAAUCGGUGAAGUCAGCACCCAAAAUAUGUGGGAGAUUUUCUGACCGCAAAAAACGAGUAAUGGUUAUAUUACGUAAAGAAUACUUUUGCAUAAUAUUCCCAUUCGGGGGCAAUUUAUUCCAAAUUGUACUAAUUAUGUUCACAGAAAAGAACCAACGAUGUUUAACGGAACGUGCCGGAGGAAGACGUAAAAAGACCCCACAGUGACUGUUACGUCGGGGGUGGACAGGAUGUUUUAAAGUAGAAAACGGGCUAAAGGUACGAUUAUAUAAAAGCCUAAAUAGUGAAGAAAUCCCUUUCUUAAUCUACGAAAUUGCAAAGGAUCAUGGCCUGUAAACCAGGAGCAUUCAGGGUAAAACAAAUACCGAUAUUCCGGGUAAACGAUGUUUUCUUCCGCUCAGCAGCACGUACUAGGCUAAAUAAAAACGAAAAACAGUAUUCUAGACAAGGACUAACAUAUAUUUCAUAAAGGCGCACUCUAACGUCGCUAGAUAUAACGUUUCGGAGGAUAAACUCGGUAGUCCUACGUGCUUUGGAGACUAUCACGACGCAGUGUUCCGAAACGUUAACAUUCUUGUAGUAUGAUACACACAGACCCUUAAUAACUUCCAGCACAUUUAUGUCGUAACCGUCAAAACUUAGCUGGGGUUAGUGGUCUUCGCCGAUCACCAUGACUGAGCACUUAUGCCAAGAAAUAUAAGGGCGUCAUGUGCGGCACCACUGGGCAAAGGCCUAUAGGUCGCUCUUCGGGAGCUGGAGCACCAUGGCACGAUCUUCCGGCUUAUACCUGUAUGCAACUUUCAGAUAAUCGCAUGCAUGGUGGGCUUACCAUUCUAAAUUAAAUCUGGCACAUCGUUAACAAAAAGGUUAACAAUAGUGUGAUGAAUGGUUCCUUAAGCUCAAAUAUAACAAAUGCCAAAUUAUUUGACAACAAUUUAGCAACAGCAGUCUGUUGAGAUCUAAAUAUCACUGUUCCAUAGGUCACUAACUAUAAUCUGUCAACUAGCUCAGAAACCCUGGUCUGUUGGUGACGUCCGCUCUUGAACCAAAAUCCCAAUGCGCCAAGGUAUCAAAGAAGGCUAUAGGUAUCGUAGGCGCGAUCAGGCUAUCCCUCUUCAAUUUUGAAGAACAGCUUUUCAGUCGAGUGUUUGGAACGGCCAAUUCAAGAAUAGUGUGUUCAGGUGCGGCGUUCAUACACGCAACACGAACACACCCCUUUGGAGAAAAGCAACGAAGGACAAUUAGACUGGCUCGUGGAUUACGACGCCUGCCCUGUAAAAGAUAACCGGAAAGACUAAAACGUUUCCUCUCUCUUAAACACAACAAAGAGGAAAUAUAAUUAUGGGCUCUCAAAUCAUCAGAGUGGUAGAUUGUGCUCUUCUAUUUGGUGACGUUUCGAACUGGCAACAAGGACCACUCUUGGAGGUUACGAAUAUAAACUGGAAACCAUCUAUCUCAAACUUGAACUGCGUGCCGAAUUCUUCUCGCAUCAGAUAAGUGGAGGUUAGAAUAGAUCGUCGAAAUCGGUUGCCUUGGCGAAAACGUUGGUAUCUUCCAAAAAAGACUUGAUAAAUUUGUAUUUAUGGUCGCAUAUAUACUGGAUAGCAAUGACUGACAUAUAUGUUAUGUAAAUGAGUAAAUGCUUUUCAUCCGUUUAUCUGCAAGUAAGGUUUUAGAGACUCUGACUAUCUCCCUUACACAUUCUGAUUAUUGAAUCCAGCAAAAAUUAGUUUAUUAAGAAAAUGAGGCUUUGGCUCUUGAGUUCCCUAUGCAUAUCCAUCUAUAACACCGUCUACAUACCUAAUCAAACCAGAGGACCGGUCUCAUUUGCAAGAAAAAAAUCACCAAAAGGGAUUCCAGAAAACGAAGAAACGCCUCGGAGCAUCCCAAAAACCAAGUCAGUGUCAGUAUGGAAGAAUAGAGUCCACACACAUCGCAAGCAAAUGUCUCAUUGCCAAAGGCGGUACAGCAUGACGAAGAAGCCUCGGUAGGGAAAGAACCCUGCGAUGGCUAUGCCAUGACAACUGCCCACGACUCGAACGAGAAUGAAAACGGAAAUUGGCGCUAUGUAGACUCUGCGUAUAUAAAUGGACAUCAGGGCCCUAGACUUGAUCGUAGUUAAUUCAUCGUCGUGAAAGGUAUGCAUGAAGCCGCUUCAGACAUCCGAAAAACAUAAGGAAACACGAUAUGGAAUUAUUCCGGCAAUACCCUACAUUUUCAAUAGAAGCACAGAGACGAGUCCUAGGAAGUAGUCUUGAAGAAGGAGACACGAUAGCUGGGAUAAUUAAGCUCUUGUCCUAGCGAUCAUGUCUCCUUCCUCAAUACCUCACAUCCCUACUACACGGAAAAGAGAACAUCAUUGUCACAAAGGCUUUCAGGAUAGAACAAAUUAAGGAUUCAAACGAAGAGUCGAUCCAACACAGACCAUUAAAGAUUGUCCUCCAGAAAAGAGAACAAGCGCUGUUACUGCUGAGGAGGAAGCCAGCACUCCGAAGCGCCCACCCAACAAUCUUUUAGGCGGGAUUUUUCACCGGCCGAGCGGGAGAAAUAGAGAAAAGUCAAGGCGGAAGCCUUCAGAGGACCCUCUUACGUUGAAAAAAAUCCAAGAAUAUUGAAUGCAAAAAUUGUAAAUCUUCGGAACUCUUUCCUCUAUAGACAGCCAAUAUAGUAGACAGUCAGGCUAUAAAAAAGAACGCUCCUAUCUGCCACAUCGACCAGUGAAAAUGACGACCGACACACUGACGUCCAGUAGAUCAAACAGUAGUAGACUUGAAAGGGGACGGUGUACUACACCUAAUCUGAAUUUCCUGACCAUAUACUGGCUGUGCAACCAAACUCCAGAGGUCUGACGACCUUUUUCUAGACUGACAAUGCCCAAGGGAAGCUUAAAUAAACCUAUUACAUCCCAAUAUUUGGGUAAAUUAAAGAGGUGGCCCAAAACCAAGAGGUACUGAUAGCCGGAGACUUCAACGCAUCGAUGUUCGACUGGAACAAUUUAUUAUUAAGAGGUCCGCGCACCUCCUCUGAUUCCAGGCUCCUCAAACUAACAACUAAUCUCUUUCUCGUGCAGAACGUCAUGUUCCCAAAGAGAAUCAAAGAAAAAAGGGCCCUUGCAAAAGACCCAAUUGGCCUCGGCGAACUUAGAUCCAUAGUAUAGGUUGGUAUGCUACCACGUCAUGAGCCUCGACUGAAUUUCAUGCGAGGAAAUUUUGCCGGUAAGAGAAGUGAGUUAUCGGUAGCGAACUAGCAUAACAUUCUUACCGGAUAUCUAGAUGCUGAUUGGAACGUUCUCGAAGGAUUUUUAACCGAUGUUAGGCACCGAAACUUCCCGACGAAGAAAGUCUAACAAGACAAGUCAUCCUGUCUGGCUAACACGGAAUAUAAAGAAGGCGAUCGGCCGGAAGAAUAGGCUUCAGAGACGGUAGGUAGCAAUAAACAAACUUUGCGUUAUGAGCAGUUUUGCCGAAGCGCGAAAUCAAUGCCAAUGGCACUUGUGAGUGGAGCACCUCAGGACUCUGUGCUCGGACUAGUAUUGUUUCUGAUUUAAGUCAAUGGCUGUAUGAAUGGGCCGGACUGGAAAGGAAUCAUGCUUGCUGAUGAUGUGGCAUUCCGCGUCUCCUAGCUCUCUAUUAUUUCGUUACGAUGUCCUCAUGUCCGCCUCAAACUCCCUGUCGAGUCGAUGCUGGGACACUUGAGGCCCGUCACUAGCAUCGCGAGCACUCGAGGGCAAUCAACGCUGUCCCUUCUUUAGUUGGCUGGCCACACUGAGGCAGAGCGAAAGGCACACACGAACUGGAGUCUAAGCACCUCAGCGGUGUGCAAAGACAACGCAACUUGCCUGGAGAGACCGCUGGCGGCGACUGCUUGCAGAGCAGUAGUAAAAACAGCAGUAAAAGUUGUCUAACCCAACUCGUCUACCCUGAAUUCUGACAAGGAAAGUUUUGUCUUGUCAACCAUAGCAUCUCGACAUUUAGUGACUCUUUGCGAACAUAAAUUUUCCAUCUUCCUUAUUUACGAUAAAGUCGGGCGUUGACCAUACACAAAUUUUAACCGGAAGUACAGCAUAUUUUGGCAACCGCGCUUGGCAUUCUUUCGACUAAUAAACUUACUUAAAUGGCCGAGCAGCUUAUGGAGAUGCACGGUUUUUCCAAACCGUCACUUUCAGCAUUCUUAACCUCUUUAACUCCUCCUGCGUCGCCCCUUUCGCAAUUGGAGAUCGAACUUACACAGCUGGCCGAAGACGUAACAUCUCUCCAGAAGUAUACCGCUUCCAGUCGAAGUCGUCUAUCCCACAUGUCCAGUCUCUACAUUCAGCCAUUUCCAACACAGCCACCACCUGCUGGUAUUACACCACCUUUGGGGCUAAAGCCCUUCGCUGCAUCUUUGCCUGAUUCUCCGACUCCAAGCAGAGCAAACUGGUCAAACGGAUCAGCCCGAAGGUUAAUGCAGCCGAUCUUCAUGGCAGUUCUAAUUCUGCAUGCACAUUUUAUGCCCGUGACACACGAAGUGGCAGACGUUUCUUGGCGCAACUGAGUGCCAUUCUGCCCACAGUAACUGAUCGUCGGUGCCCCAAUGCCAACUUUUUCCUUCAGGCCGUCAACACCUCACCAAUCGCUACCUUCGGUAUUUGCUCCCACUCUCUGGACAUUGACCGCCGGCGUCUUUUCCCUUAGGUCUUCGUCUUUGCUGACAUCCACUGUGCCAUUCUCGCUGUAGACUUCCUCGCCGUCGGCCCCGGUUACAUGACAAGACCACCAACCUCACUGACCGGGAUAUCUCUUCUGACGCCCCCCGUCAGCUCACCGUCCUGAACCCUGAACCAGACAAUCCAUUUCGGCAACCUCUUAAUAAACACCUCGACCCCACUCGUCCCAACUUCAACGCUUCUAUUACACCACACCACGUUGUUCACCACAUCUGGACCACUGAUCCUCCCAUGUUUUCUCGGCUCCGCCGUCUCGAGCCUGCACGUGUUACUGCUACCAAGGCGGAGUUGGAGCACAUGCUUCAGAUGGGUAUCAUACGUCAAUCUGAAAGCCCAUGAGCCUCGCUCCCCCAUAUGGUCACAAAGGCCGCCACUAGUGACUGGCGCUCCCUGCGGUGAUUACAGGGCCCUGAACAAUGUUACAGUCCCAGACCGCUACCUCGUCCCACAUCUUCAGGAUUUCGCCGGUUCCCUAUUUGGCAAAUCAGCGUUUUCAAAGACUGACCUGGUCCGUGCAUCCCACCAAAUUUCCUUCGUCCCAGAGGACGUUUUGAAGACGGCUGUCACCACCGCUUUAACCUCUUUUAGUUCUUGUGCAUGUCGUCUGGGCUUCGUAACGCCUCCCAACCUUUGACAAGUCCGUAGACAGAGUGUUUUGCGGCCCAUUAUUUGUCUACGCCUAUAUCAACAAACUUUUCGGUAGUUAAUUCUAUCGCUGAAGAACAUAUUGAGUAGCUUGCAACGGUGUUCGACCGCCUUCAAAGAUUUGGCGGUGUUCUCAACCCGUCCAAGUGCGUACUCGGUAUGCUCUCCUAGAAUUUCUCGAUAUCCGGUUGACUCCAACGGAAUCCAUGCUUUUUCAUCGAAGGUUGCGCCUCUAGGUGAUUUCCCACCUCCCUCUUCCAAACGUCAGCUGCAACGGUUUCUGGGCAUGGCGCAAUUAUAUCACCGAUUCGUCCCACACAGUGUCGACACCAUCCUGCCACUCACAAACCUCCUCUCGGGGGCAAAAGGUUCGUUCGAGCUGUCUGCAGACGCCCUCGCUGCUCUUGAUAAGGUGAGGGCUGUCCUGGUUGACUCCGCCCCCUUGAAGCAUUUUUUUCCUAAUGCUCUCAUUUCCCUUAUGGUUAGCGCCUCCGAUGUUGUGAUAGGCGCUUUUCGCCAACAGCACCUUGCUGGUCAAAUCCAACCCUUAGCUUUCUUCUCCAGGAAGUUAUUACCUGCCGAGACGUGCUAUAGCACACUCGGACGGAAGCUCCUUGCUGUCUUCCUCCCCGUUAAACACUUCCGGCGCUUCCUUGAGGGCAGGGAGUUCACUGUGUUCACGGAUCACAAGCCCCUUUUCUUCGCUCUCAAGUCCUCUUCUGACGAGCUCAACCCCCGGGAAAUUCGCCAAUCGGACUACAGCUCUCAGUUUACCUCAGACAUCCGCCACAUCUAG